UCUUUAUCUCCACAAGUGGCUUUUGGAGAAGGCCAUAUUUUGAGUUUUAGUGUUGAUUCUAGGGUUUCUAUUACUAAUGGCUGGUUCUUCUUCUGCUUCUUACAUUCACAUGGUGCAGCACAUGAUUGAAAAAUGUUUGAUCUUCCACAUGAGCAAAGAAGAGUGUGUGGAAGCUCUCUCGAAGCAUGCAAACAUCACUCCUGUCAUCACCUCUACUGUUUGGAAGGAGCUGGAGAAAGAGAACAAGGAAUUCUUCAAGGCGUAUGAGGAGAGGCAAAGCAAACAAGAGCAAAUGUCGGAGGAAGAGACAAACCAGAUGAUCCAGAAGAUAAUCUCGGAUUCACCUAAAGAAUCCGACGACUGAUCGCGAUGUUCGAUAUAUAUAUCUUAAUUAAGAACCUUAUAUAUAUUAUAGUUUAUAUAUGUGAAUCUCAUGAAAACGAUUUCUCCCUGACGCAUGCAUGUUUAUGUAUAUGUAUAUCACUUUUCUUCUAAUUAUUCGCAUAUCGGUCCAAUAAGAAAGGCAAAAGAGGAGUGAUGACGCUCUUUUUGGUACGUUAUACGUACGUGGUCCACAUUGCUUUUGUGUAUAAAUAAUGAUGAUAGAAACGGACGCUCGUUACAUUGA